GAUUGUUUCUGGCAUCCUAGCAUGUGGCGGGGACAUUCUGAAGUUCGCAGGAGACGCCAUAUUUGCUAGGUGGACGGUGGAGGCAGGGAACGAGCUGGGUCCGACCCUGAAGGAAGUGGUGAUGUGCAGUCUGGACAUUCAGUCCGUGUGCGACAACUGGGAGACUGACGUGGGCGUCAAACUGCGCGUUAAGAUUGGUUUAGCAGCUGGAGAAAUGAAGAUCACUCAUUUUGGAAACGACGUGGAGAGGAUAUUUACAGUGACGGGACAGUCUGUAACGGACGCCAAUCUGGCCGAGAAGUUCGCCGACUCGGGUACUGUCAUUCUGUCUCCUAUGGCGUGGAGGUUGUGUGACAAGUCCAGGUUUCAGUGGGAAUUCCGAAAAGAUGGACACCACGUCAAGGUUUCUGGAAUCAUCUCUGAAGACGUCAUUUCCAGCGCCCUUUCCGUGGGUUCCUCCUUCUCUGAAGCCCGACCGAAGUCGCCCGGCAAGCUCUCCACCACCUCAGGUCUCCGCGGUAGGAGAAAAUCAGGUCAGUCCGGUGAUUCGGGCUUGAGCCAGAAGACAUCUCCUGAGCUGGUUUGGAGAAAUAUCAGGAGAGAGGCUUGUUAUUCAGAGGACGAUUCGGCGAUGGAAGAUAUCAGAAAAUACAUCAUUCGCCCCGUGCUGCAAAAGCUUGAUGACGACCAGCCGCUAAUUUACCUGUCAGAGGUGCGACAGGUGUCGGUCGUCUUCAUCAACCUUGUCCACCAAGACAACUUCAACGACGAGCAGGAGUGUGAGGCUUUCCAGGAGGCCUUCGACAUAGUCUACAACAACGUACACAAGAUGCAAGGCUGCUUGAAUAAGGUGUUUAUGUUUGACAAGGGCUGUACAUUUCUGGCCAUUUUCGGGCUUCCUGGAUACAAGCAUGAAGACGACAGUGCGCAUGUCUUGAAGGCUUCCAGCAAGAUUUUAAAAGAAUUAGGAGAGAAGGAAAACGUCAGACACAUCUCUAUAGGUGUAACGACAGGCUCUACUUUUUGUGGCGUCGUGGGACACAAAUAUAGACACGAAUAUACAGUGAUCGGGCGGAAGGUGAACCUGGCCGCGCGCCUGAUGAUGGCGUACAGGGACAAAGUGUCGUGCGAUAACGAGACAUACUACCACUCCAAACUACCCCGGCACGCCUUCGACGAGCUACCAUUCAUCGAACUGAAGGGGGUGAAUCAAACCACACCUAUGCACGAAUAUUUGGGAGACGACAGAGACGGGAAGGCACAUGCUGCCGAGGCGCCGGAGUACCCUCUUCUUGGAAGAGAAAAGGAGAUUGACAGGUUUCUGGAUGAGCUACACCUGAUGACUCAGCACUUAGAGAAGGGGGAUCAUCGAAGGGUCAUUAUAUUCGAGGGCGAGGCUGGGAUCGGGAAAUCACGUAUGCUAGAGGAGGUGAUCAUGAAGGCAGAGGAAGAAGGGAUCAGGGUCCUGUCGUGCGCCCUGACAAUCCAAGACUACAACACGCCGUACCUCACGGUAAAGACACUGAUUGACAUGCUGUUCGACAUAGACAGUAAGGACUCACACAUCGAGGCUGAACAUCAUCUGUUGAAUAUCAUCAAGCACCAUGACGUGGCAGACGAGCUGUGUCUUCUCAACGACCUUAUCAACGUCAAGUUCCACGUAACUCCCCAUGUAGCAGCCAUGCGUGGUGAGGAGAGAACAAGAGAGCUUCACAAGUUGUUGUAUAAGAUUGUUCACGAGUAUACAGCAGAAAAUUUUGUCAUGUUUGUGGUGGACAACGCCCAUCUGAUCGACCACGACUCCUGGGAGUUCAUCUCCGAUUUGGCAGAGGACCCGAACUCGGUCUGCGUCAUGACCAUGCGGCCACUGCAGCCCAACAAGAUGCCCAGCCCGACCGCCUUGAGCGUGCUAUACAGUCCCUUCACACUUCACCUCAAGCUGUCAGGCCUGGACGCUAGUGUCAUCCCGGACCUGGCCUGCCAAAUCCUGGACGUGGCGCAAAUCCCCAAGGAGAUCAAAGAAGUCCUGCAGAAGAGAAGCCACGGCGUGCCAUCCUGGUGUGAGCAGGUGCUCCGUCAUCUCUACUUCCAGGGCAGCAUCAAGAUCGUCCACAUGGAGGACGCACCGCCCGACUACAGUCGGUUGUCUCACAAAAGGAGUUCCAUCCGGAAGCGGAGCAUAAGCACAGGCGCUUCGUCAUACACCAUGAUGGGCGGCAGUACAAGUCAGAUAGGGUCCCGUACAACAGCAGUGGUGGAAACGACGAUGGUGUGCAUCCUUGCUUCGGGGGUCAAUCUGGAUGACUUUAACUUACCUGAAUCUGUUAAAGAUAUGAUGGUUGCGCGAUUGGACAGACUAAACACAUCCGAUAACAUGGCGGCCAAGUGCGCUUCGGUCAUCGGCGUGACCUUCACCAGGAGGAUGCUGGAGGCCAUCAUCCCUCAGUACAACACAAAAAAGGUGCGCGCGUCCGUCCAGUCGCUAAUGCAGUGUCAGAUCCUGGAGUGCGCCGCCGGGGACGACGAGGAGCACCGUGUCCACCAGCACCACGCGCACCUGGCAGCGUCCCAGAAGAUCGAGUGCCGUUGUGUGAAGGAUCCUAAAGAUGAAAACUUCCUGGUAUACCCGUCAGGGAACCGCUCCAACCCAGUCGUUGUGGACAUCCACUGCAGGCUACUGCGGUUCAGAUCUCCGCUCAUCCAGGAGACGGCCUACGCGCUGCUCACUGAGGACCAGAGGAAAGCCCUACAUAAGAUGUGCGGCGAAUUCUUGGAGGGGCAGGCGCACAAGUGUAAGGCCUGUGGUGGAGGGGAUUUUGUCCAUUAUCACGGACCGCAAGCGCAAAAGGACACUGAACCAAAACAACAGGAAAAACCGUCUCUUGGAUUAGUGCAAUCAACCACCGGCACGGAGGAAUCCUACGCAUCUCUCAAAAUGGUUCAAUCGAAGCAACGGCCUUCCAUAGAAAAACCACCAAGUGCACUGGGCGCAGGCCCAAAGCGCAUGUCUGGUGGAGGGGGGAGCCGCAGACAGAGCUCAUUUGCCGGUCGAGUGCAGAAAAUGGAGAGGGGAUUCAAGGCACAGGACUUUAAAAGGUCCUCCAAUUUCAGCAACCAGGCGAUAGACGAAGGCAGCGUCACCUCCUUCGGAAGUAGAAUGAGCGGCAGUAGAUUGAGCAUGGACAGCAAAUCCCGUACCAGCGCGGGCUUUUUCGGGUCUGCCAGCGAAGUUGAGAUGGAGCAGAAAUGGAAGCAGUUGGACAUUGAUCUGCGCGGCUGUGAGUGCCUGCAGGUCCUGGCCUCCGUGUACCCGCUACUCUUACAUCAUUGGAAGGGCGCCGGAAACGUCACGAAGGUCGUCCAUUUCCUGGUGGAAUCAGCGGCGGCUGCAGUGUCAGUCAACAACAACAUGGAAGCACUCUCCCACUUGUCUGAAGUGUCGGACAUGCUGAAGGCCAUAUCUAAGGGUCGCAAGGCGCUGGAGAACGCGACAGAAAUGACCAGUAGAGUUGACAGGGAGGAAAGGGCUAGGAUUGAGAGUCUUCAGGGGCAGGCUUACUUCCAAAUGGACCGUUUUGAGGACUCUAUGCCACACUUCCAUCGAGCGCUGAAGAUCCUCGGUAACCCCCAGCCCACGUCUGAGGCUGGCGUCAGUCUGCGACUGCUCCGCUCGGGCUUCCGGCAGCUCCUGCACGUCAUGUGGCCCGCGCAGUUUGUAGGGAAAGCCACGAGUGCCCGUGCCAAUGUGCUGGUGGAGCAGGCCCGGUGUCUGUCCCACGUGUCCCAUGCCUACCACAUGGUUCACCAGGACAGGCGCGCGUUGGUCGCAGCCCUGCAGCAGCUCAAUGCAGCCGAGCAGGCGGACGACGACCUACACGAGCUGAUUACAGCCUACACCGCAAUCAUGGAGAACUGUCAGCUGAUGAACUGGUCCAGAAUUGCAGAAGGGUACGAGAGGAAAGCCUUGAAAAGAUGCAAGGAGGUGGAAUCUAGCCUAGUGGCUGAUGACCUCAUCACGCUGGCGCACCUCUUCAGCGUCAGCAUGUCCCUCCGGCUGGGAAGGGGACAAAUUCAUCCUGCUGUAGACUCAGGCUACCACUCUAAAUCAGUAUGCGAGAGGCUUCACGACAACGCGAUGGAGCUUCAGUGUCUCCCGCUACUGGCACAGGCACUGCUGCUGGCUAACAGGGAACGUGAUAGUGUGGAAGUAGUUCGCCAGCUGUUCUACCUUUCCGAGGAAAAUGAGGACGCCAUUGGCAAGGCGUGGUACUACUGCUGCUGCCUGGACCUGCUGCUGGAAGAAGGAGUUGUUCUGGAGAAUUAUGAAGAGUGCGUAGAAUUUACGUCAGAAUCGGCCGAGGACCCGUCAUUCAUGGAUGACGCCAUCCCGCGAUUCUACUUGCUAGCUGGUCUGGCACUUUGCGCCUCACGGAAAGGGAACUGGUACCGAGCCGAGAGUUGGUUCCUGUUGGCAGAAGCCAUCCACCCGCCACGGCUGGAGACGUUCAUGGCUGCCAACGCGUAUGCAAAGGUGGUGGAGUGUGAACUGCUAGCCUACUGCAACGCCCUGGUGCUGGGAUUAAAAGUUACGCUGAUGAGAAAACAGGCAGAAAAGGCCAUCAAACAGCUGGGUCACGUGUGCCUGGCCUUUCCUGUGCUAAAGCCGCGGUGGCUCCACUAUCAGGCGUACUUCCACAUGCUGUCAGGGGACUCCAAAACUGGACGUGAAUUUGUGGAUAAAGCCGUGGAGGUGUGCGAGGAACAUGGCAAUGAGAUGGAGGAAAAAUGGGUGCUGUACAACCGCAGGAGGUGGUUCAAGAAGAGGAAGGUGAAUCAGACCAAGCUUUGGACCCCAGAUGGGGACCUUGACUGGCACGCUAAGGACGACCCUGGAGCCACAGAAAUCAAGUAUUGGCUGCCCAUGCCUCCACCUUCCAACAAGUGGUAGUUUAUGGGGAAAUUAGCAUCAUGAGCACGAGCAGAUAGAAAAAUACUGUUAAGUUCUCCAACCAUA